GCCGAGGACUGGCCAGAUCCGCUUUGCCACUUCGACCUCGAGCGCGAGCAGGGCGUCUUGCGCCCCCGCCCUGGCAGAAGCCGAGGCCUCGGCGCCUAGCGAGUCCCCUGGCGGGGCCGCCCCGCCCAGGGACCUCGCCCAGCCGGCCUCGAUCAAGAAGAGGUGCGCGGUGCAGGAGUGGCAGACCCUCUCGUUGGGCCCGUUCGGCCCCGGGACCGUGUGCGAGAUCACGCGCGCGUGGUACGGCAUUCCAGAUGGCAAGCCGUCGCAGAUUGUUGACGUCACGAGCAUGGUGCGCGAGAGAUGGGACAAGGAGCGCUCCUUGAGGUUCUCGGGCUUCAACGGGAAGUUCAACGAGCUGUUCGGCGACCCUGCGCCGAUGUCGAUGAAGACGCUGUGCGUGGAGUACACGCUUCACAGCAACGGGAUGGACGUGUCGCGGGGCAACUACGCGGAGGGUGUCUUCGACAAGAUCGGGCUGCUGCCUGGUGUUGUUUUCAAGACCGUGUCCAACACCGUGGGUAUCGUCGCGGCCACUGGCGGCCUCGCCGUCGGCAAGGCGGUCAAGGAAGCUAGACAGCUCACAGGCGACCAGUCCGCAGAAGUAGCUGACAACGCAGUCUUCCAGAUGGGAUGGACGACCUGGCUUCGGUGCAACGGUAUCUUUCCCUCUGUGUCGUACGAGGAGUGCGCCUCCACAGACAAGCCUGCGGAGGAUAUGAGACAGACCCCCCUGCUGGUCAGCAACCACAUGUGCUACAUCGAGACAUUUGCUUUGCCUGCUAUCUUUAAUGCGCCGAAGGUGCUCGGAAUGAAGGGCAUCUGCAAGACACCAUUCAUAGGUAUGUUCGCCAAAGAGAUCGGCCUGAUUGAGGUCGACCGUGACGACAAGGCUUCGAGGACGGCCACGUUGCACGCCAUACAGAGCCACGUGGAGCAGUGGACGCCCGGCGGCCGCCCGCUGCUCAUGUUCCCCGAGGGCACGACCGGCAACGGUGACCGCCUGCUGCCCUUCCGGCGGGGCGCCUUCGUGCCGGGUGCGCCGGUGCGGCCUGUGGUCCUCGUGUACACGGGCGCGUGGAAUCCUGCCAACACGAACUUCAAGACACUCAACUCCGGCGAGAUCGAGCUGACCGACGACGCAGAGUGGGGCUUGGAGUUCCUUGGGCACUUUAUGCAUUCCCUGCAGGUGAGGGUACUGAGACCCUACGUGCCGAAUGAGGAGGAGAGGGCGGACCCGGAGCUGUACGCCAGCAAUGUUCACAAGUUGAUGUCCGAAGCCUACGCUAAACUUCGAGCGGAGGUGGACGCGAAGAAGCGCGAGGAAACGAGCUGGCAGGCCCGGCUCAACCCGAUGAACCUGCUGACGGCGGCCACCGAGGGCACCGCCGGCUUCCUGGGCGCCCACGUGCGGCCCAGGCGCUCGACGAGCGCGCGCGGCUCCGAGGCCGCCAGGUCCCCCGGACGCCCCAGCGCGACUGCCGCCUCCAGCAGAGGAGAGGACUUGCCGAGCGGUCAGAGCCCAGAAGACCGCCAGGAGCCCGCCUGUCCUGUCCGCCGUCUCGUCGUCGUCGUCGUCGUCGUCGCCCUCCUCCCCAUCACCCUCCCUCUCCCGCUCCCCUUCCCCCUCUUACUCCUUCCGCUCCCUCCCCUCCCUCUCCCCCUCGUC